GGGACGUCCCAAGGAUCUCGGAUUGCAUUGUCCAUCCCACUCCGGUGUCUGAGCAAUGCAUUGUGGGUAGCUAUUUGUCUUCCUGGGCACGAAAAUGGCGGAUACGGACGAGCCGGAGAAGAAAAGAAGGAGAGUAGUGGAGCUGACUGAGAAGAUGGUGGUGGAUGGGGGCAGCAGAGACGGGGGCGAAUGGGACGGACGAUGGAACCACAUCAAUACGUUUCUGGAAAGACCAGGACCUUUCACUCACCCUGACUUUGAGCCGAGCACAGAGUCGCUCCAGUUUUUGUUAGACACCUGCAAAAUACUUGUUAUUGGAGCAGGUGGCCUUGGAUGUGAACUUCUCAAAGAUCUGGCCUUGUCAGGUUUUCGUCACAUACACGUUGUUGACAUGGAUACCAUUGACGUUUCCAACCUCAACAGACAGUUCCUCUUUAGGCUGAAGGAUGUGGGUCGGCCAAAGGCAGACAUAGCAGCGGAUUUUAUCAAUGGACGCAUUCCAGGAUGCAACGUGGUCCCCCAUUUCAAGAAAAUACAAGACUUUGAUGAGUCGUUUUAUAGACAAUUCCACAUAAUAGUUUGUGGACUCGACUCCAUAAUCGCCAGGAGAUGGAUGAAUGGCAUGUUGCUGUCUCUGCUGGUUUAUGAAGACGGGGUGCUGGACCCCAGCUCCAUCAUCCCGCUGAUUGACGGGGGGACAGAGGGCUUCAAGGGAAACGCUCGGGUCAUCUUCCCUGGCAUGACUGCCUGCAUCGACUGCACCCUGGAGCUUUACCCACCACAGAUUAACUUCCCCAUGUGUACGAUAGCCUCCAUGCCCCGGUUACCAGAACAUUGUGUUGAGUAUGUCCGCAUGCUGCUGUGGCCUAAAGAGAAACCCUUCGGAGAUGGUGUGGGGCUGGACGCAGAUGACCCGGAGCACAUCCAGUGGGUGUACCAGAAGUCUCAGGAGCGGGCAGCAGAGUUCAGCAUCACAGGAGUCACCUACAGACUCACCCAGGGUGUUGUAAAGAGGAUCAUCCCGGCUGUGGCGUCCACAAAUGCAGUCAUUGCUGCUGCUUGUGCCACGGAGGUCUUCAAAAUAGCAUCAAGUGCCUACAUUCCUCUGAACAACUACAUGGUGUUCAAUGACGUUGAUGGUCUGUAUACCUAUACAUUUGAGGCAGAGCGAAAGGAGAACUGUUCAUCCUGCAGCCAAGUCCCCCAGGACCUGCACUUCUCUCCCUCAGCCAAGCUCCAGGAGGUGCUCGAUUACCUGACUGAAAACGCUUCUCUACAAAUGAAAUCUCCAGCCAUCACUGCGACAUUGGAAGGAAAAAAUAAAACAUUGUAUUUGCAGACUGUCGCGUCAAUUGAACAGAGGACACGCCCCAAUCUGAGCAAGUCACUGAAAGAGCUGGGUCUGUUAGAUGGGCAGGAGCUGGCCGUAGCUGAUGUCACCACUCCCCAGACUCUGCUCUUCAAACUCAGCUUUACCUCUUAGGACCAGCAUGUUCUCCCCAACAUCAAACACCAGACGUCUUUGUUAUUACUUUUCUAACAGAGUACCGAGUAUUUGAAACAUGUAAACAUGAAGUUUUACAGUGUAUUUAAGUGAAUAUGUAAAUAAAUGUAUUUCAUAUCCAGUUCUCUGACAUACUUAUAGACUCAAGUCUAUGAAUGCAUUUGGUUGUGGAAAGCCAAACUACUCCACUGUCAUAUUUGAUCAUAUCUGCAACUGUUUGUGAUGCAUUUGCGUUAUAUGCACUGCAACCUCUCAAGCUCUCUUACACUGGAGAAAAAAACAGUACCAUAUUUAAAUUGAUUUCUCUUAUAGUUUCUUGUGAGUUUAAUUUAUUUUCAUUUCACCCAGACACAACCGGAAUAAAUGUUUUCCUGUACAAUA